CCGCUGAGCAGAAGCAAGAUCUAUUACGUCAAAUUGGACGUGUAAGGGGAUCUCGAGACGAUCUUUACAUAUUUUCGGCGAAAUCGGACCAAAUUACGUCUGAGCCAAACAUAUAUCUGUCUGACUUAUGGAAUCGUCCGUCCGGGACCCAAAGUCCAGCGAUCCUCAGUCCGAGCCGCCAGAGCCGAGUGCCUCCCCCCCUCCGAGUCGAAAGCCACGAUCAAAGAAAGCGGGCGAGACUACAACUUCCAGGGCGGCAGCCGAAACACCUCGCCGUCGCUCCCAAGCAACAAACUCCGACCCCCGGUCGGCACAACUUGACAGUACAUCUCCCUCGCAUUAUUCAGACGCUGCUAGAGCACAACUCCCUCGUGCUCCCCUCUUCCCCGCCUAUCCGUCUCCCUUUCCGUAUAUCAUGAAUCCAAAUUACCCGCUCAACCCUUCUCCGUUCACCCAGCACCAGCAGCAUCUCUCCUCCCCCUAUGGAGCGUCUGGCUCUACUGGCUCUACCGGUGGUCAGCAGCCACCCAUGACCGGCCAUCCCGGCUAUUAUCCGAUGCAUGCCGCUCCUUACCCGCCUCCCGCCCCGCACGGAUAUGCGCCUUAUUCCCCCUACUCGCAGAUGAUGAUGUACUCUCAUCCACGACCUAACUCGGGGGUGCAGGAACAUCAUGAACAGGCAGCACACGCGACCCCCACCCCUUCUCCAGUGCAGCAGGCUCCCCCCUUAGCCUCGCAGGGCAGUAAACGUAAACGCAAGGGUGACGGAGGACGCAGUAAGGACACGGACAGGGAGUCUGAUCCCGAGGGCACCGACACUGGUGGCAAGUCAACAACGCCUACGACGAGUGCUCCCACGGCCUCGGAAAUGAGUAAGAAGCGGACAAAGACUCAGCGGGCUUGCGAUAGCUGCAGGAGCCGGAAAAUUAGGUGCGAUGUCCUGGCAGACACCGAGCCCCCGUUGUGCCAACAUUGCAAGCAGUACGGUUUUGAGUGCACAUUUUUCUUGCCAAUCACAGAGACUCGUUUCAAGAAGAAGAAAUUGGAAGAUGAAGCUGCUGAAAAGGAAAAAUCAGCAGAGCUCAGGCGUCGUACAUCUUCUCCGUCCAACGACCCCCAAAACUCCGACCGACGGGUUUUCGGGCCAACAACCGCGGUGCAUCUCCUUCAUUCCCAGGCUACUAUCAACUCACGCAUCUAUGAAAAUUACGAUCAACGAUACCAUCACACAUGGGAAGUGUCUAAUGACGGUGACGGUGUUAUUUCGGUUUCGAACAAGCCCGUAGAGGACAAGCAAGUGCCUCACCCAAAGCAUACCGACAUUCGGAUCGAGAAGGACGUCGUUGAAAAGCUUGUAAACGUCUACUUCCAGGAAAUUGCGCCCAUGCUGCCUGUCAUCACUAAGGAGGAAUUUCUGGGCUCGUCCUCACCUUCGCCGGUCUUGCUUUACUCUAUUUGUCUCGUGGCAGCUACAAGGCGAGAAGUCCCUCAAACCGUCUUUGACUCGAUUCGAUUUAUCGUCAACAAUAUCAUCAAAGCCGAUGAUGUCUUGUCCACUGCCUCCAUCGCCAACGUCCAGGCAUUGCUCAUUCUAAGCAUGGCGGGCGACAGCCAUUCGCAAUUUGUCCCUAAUGCACUAUCCGCGUUGUGGGUCCGGCUCGGGACUGCUAUUAGGAUGGCACAAGAUUUGGGGUUGCAUCGUGCAGAGUCAGUCAAGCAAAACAUUGACGUUAGACGGAGGCUCUGGGGGGUAUGCGUCAUUUGUGACCGAUGGCUUAGUCUCACAUACGGCCACCCGUACAUGAUUGAUGUCCAGGACUGUGACGCUCGCCUCCCUACUUCGGGUGAAGCUGGCGACCUCUACAUGAACGAGCUCGUGAGACUUAGCGUCAUCUUAGGACGUGUCCUCAAGACGAUAUACAGUCCUUCUGGGUUGAUGUUUGCAACGGACGAGCAUUUGAUCACUCUGUUGGCAGAUCUCGAAUCUUGGAAAGCUAACCUACCCCUCAAUCUUCAAUACAAAGGACCGGAUACACCUCGAGAUGCAGGUCUGCUUCAUCUCUUCUACUCGUGUGUUUGCAUGAUCUUCUGGCGUGUCUUCAUGCGGAUAUCAUAUUCAUGUCCUGCCCACCUCAAAUUUGGGUUGACCGUGGAGAAUUGGAGUAACCUCGUGUUAUUGACGGGCGAGGCCAUUGACUGGCUCGACAAGCACGAGAAUGUGUAUGAUUCUUGGCUUCUCGUUGCGUAUGCCGCGACGUCAUGCGCCCUUGUUCAAUAUCAUACUUGGGCACGGCGUCAGGAUAACGAGGCCGCGGAGAAGCUCUGUAAGCUCCGCGACUGCAUCAGGCGAUGGGAGAGCUCGAUAUCACCGGACCAUAUGUCUGCUCGGAGAAAGACCGCAGAAAUUAUUGCACUUCUCUAUGAGGCGACGCAAGGUCCGCCCCUCCCACUCGACAAGCCUCCAUUGAAUCCGACCGGGGGUGUUAAAGGGAAGCCACCUCCAAUGGGAUCAUUGCAAUAUAAGAAAGAUCCAUCUCGACCAGGAGGAGGCGUGUUUGUCGCUCAUGGAGACGCCGCGAAAGAUGGCGCCUAUGAGGACAUGCUACAAGGUACGAUUAUUACUUCGUCAGAUGAUGAGUUGGACGGGGCGCAAGCAGAACAGCCUGGGUCUCCCCAGAGAAAUACAUCGAUGGUGACCAUCACACCGCUGCCUGGUGCCGGGGGACGGUCCGAUAUAACUGCGAACAUGAAUCCUUCCCUUAACAAUCCGUUAGGACAAACCCAGGGGAACGUGCAAGUGUUGAACGUUCUAGAUGUUCCACAGGCUUCGAACACUCUGCAGCAGUUUGCCAUGGCCGACGUGGGGUUGUUGGAGGGCAUCCCAGGAGGCAUGUUCGAUUGGGGCCAAUGGGACUCGUUCUUUUCGAGGUUCAACAACAGUGAAGGCGGCAACCCCGGGCUUGAGAAACGAGAUACGCAGCAAGGUCCCAGUGGUAACACUGCGGGAUCACCGCAGCAACAGCAGCAGCAGCAGCAGCAAGUAAGUCCGCAGGGCUCGUAGCGCUUGUUCUCGCAGCAGGCGGAGUUGGUGGGACCAUGGUCGGCCGUAGAAAAGGAGCAGGGAGAUGGAUUAAACGCAGUGACUAUACUAUUGUCCAGCUAAUCUCACCGCCUAGCUGCGAUCCGGAUCCUGCAGUGCUAUGCCUCGCUUUCCUCCUACACGAGCAAUCAUACAUAUGUAUCCACGUCAUAUCUAGGUCACUAUUGAUAACGAAUUCUCUCCUCUAAGUGCAUACACUGUAUUUCUAGUCUUCUUUAUUAGCCUUAACACAUUGAAGAAAC